AAGAGGAGGUGCCUUUCUUAAUCUUUCACAUGUGAGCGAAAGAGAUUUUAAAAAGUGCUUUAAAUUAUCAUCUGAAGUGGGUUCUUGCAACAAAAAAAAACAUUUUUAUAGCCUAAUGGUGUUGUCUUGAAUGUGUGAGAGAGCCCAAGAAAAGUGUGUUUAUAUAUAUAUAUAUAUGUGUGUGUGUGAGAGAGAGAGAGAGGAAGAAGAGGAGGUGGAGAAAGAGGAGGUGCCUGCAGUCUGGUGGAGGCGGAAUAUGCAGAGAAACAGGCUCUGAAAUAGCAGGGACAGACAGGAGCUAAUAUAAACGUGCUGCCCUUCACUCAGGGGCUAUCAGGGGGUUAAGGAAAACACAGCUACCUCCUGUCACUGACCUCCAGGCAGCUUCAAAGAGACACACACAGUGAGCUGAGCUCCGGCUCAUGUAGAGCGGCCAGCUUGGCCAUGGCCACGCUGGAGGGCUGCCGCUGUCUGGGUGCCAGCGGUCGGAACAACAACAGCAUCCUCUACAGCAUCUUGAAGAGUGACAGCCUUGCAACUGCAGAGGAGCAACAACAACAACAUCCCCAAACAUUGCAACACUUGCUCCACAAGACCUCCUCCUCCACCACAACCAGUGCAGCCCCAGCAUCUCUGCAGGAGCUCCGGCAGCAGCAGCAGCAGUCGUCGUCCUGCUCCUGCGGCUCGACGCGCCGCAGAGGAGUCCUCCGAUCCCCGCAGGUGACGUGCAAAGCAGCCUCGGCGGUGCUGGUGAAGACGCUGCGCUUCGUGAAGAACGUGCCGUGCUUUCGAGAGCUGCCGGAGGACGACCAGCUGAUGUUGAUCCGGAGCGGAUGGGCUCCUCUGCUGGUGCUGGGGCUUGCUCAAGACCGGGUGGACUUUGAGACCACGGAGACGGUGGAGCCCAGCAUGCUGCAGCGCAUCCUCACCGGUCUACCGGAGCGGCAGAGCGGAGAGGUGGUGCUGCAGGCCGGACAGAGCGGCAGCAGCAGCAGCAGCAGCAGCAGCAGGGCGGCGGUGGCGGCCGGGGUCUCUGUGGUGGAUAUCGAUGCGAUCAAAGCCUUCCUGAAGAAGUGCUGGAGUGUAGACAUCAGUACCAAGGAGUAUGCGUACCUGAAAGGAGCUGUGCUGUUCAACCCAGAUGUGGAGGGUCUGCGCUGCCUCCACUACAUCCAGUCUCUGCGUCGUGAGGCGCACCAGGCUCUGAACGAGCACGUCCGGCUGAUCCACCGCGAGGACACGACACGGUUCGCCAAGCUGCUCAUAGCUUUGUCCAUGCUGAGGGCCAUCAGCCCGCCGGUGGUCGCGCAGCUCUUCUUCAGACCCGUUAUAGGGAGCGUCAGCAUCGAGGAGGUGCUCAUGGAGAUGUUCUAUGGGAAAUAGGUCACCACAUGUGGGCUGCAGGUGAAUUCAGCAGAUGGACUGAAAUGCUCCAAAGCUCUUUAUAGGGUAAAGGAGGUGAGGGGGCAGAUGAAGAAGAUAUUAGGGACUGCAUUUACAACUACUUAAUGUGGGAGAUCUUCAAGGACUGUGAAACACAAGCAAGUGUGUGUGUGUGUGUUUGUGUGUGUGUGUGUAUGUGCGUGUGUGUAUGUGCGUGUGUGUAUGAGAGAUAGGAAGAGAGUGUGUUGAAGGCAAGAUAUGUUAUAUUGGAGGAAAAAUACAAAAGCAGCUGCUGGAAUUCAUAACUUAUUUGUUUUUAUAUAAACUAUUUUUCUAUAAUAAAAAAAACAAAAUACUCUCUGAA